ACGGAUCAUCGCAUCAUAAUUUGCACGGCAGGCCAGCGCAGCGAGUCUGAACUUGAGUGAACGCACCUACCGGUACCAAGAUAAAUUAGUGAUAAAAGAUUUCAUCAAGUUGCAUUAGAAAGUUUUUGGUCAUGAUCAACACCCAACAAGUCCUCCCCAUGAUAGGGGUGACCCUGGUGGAAGACUUCGUCAAGAAUCCUCCACCGUAUUUCCAGGUUCAGCAUUGUGUUCGGCAUCCCGUGAUAAGGCCCAUACGUGAACAGGUCAAUCUCUGUGCCCAUGACAAAUCACACGAAGCCUGGUUUCCAGAUUCCAUGGGAAGAGUUUUGAAAGUUUCAACAGUUGCCCAGUAUGAUCAGCUUGUGGAGAGAUUGUUGAGCCGCCCUCUGGUGUUUGACGUCAAGUUGGAGAGAAGGCACAAGUCGGGAAGGAUCCGCUACAUCUUGAAAUGUGAUAUUAUCGUGACAGUCAACACAUCCCAUCCUGUCAUUAAGAAUCAGAUGCAACAGAUCUUCAACGGAGGAAGGGAGGAUAUCGUCAGUGAACGGAACUUUGCUCUUGAGUUCAACUUCAACAGCAUUCUCAAAUCCUGGUUCAGUACUGUGCACCAGGGGCAAGACGGAAUCUUUGACACGACGUACGACUGUACCUACGCUGACUUCGUCGUGACCAACUCGACCGAAUUCAACAGCAUGUAUUCUUGUUCGCCCGAGGGUGUCUGUUUGUUCCUCAUGUGCCUGCCCUGUUGUAUCUUCAUGUGCCCAGCAUAUAGGAUUGCCCGUUGCCUUACCACCGUUGACCGCGACACCGACGUCCGUGGCGAGGUCUCCUACCUGACCUUCAAACGGGAGCAGCGUUCCGCGCAGGACGAACUCCUGGACAUGUUCCGUCAAUACCUGGUGCAGCAGAUGAUGGAGCAAGGUAGCAGGCAGAAUAGGGAACAACCGUAUCUGGGUGUGGCAGAUGUCACCAGGCAACCCGGCGGGAGGGGAGGGGCGGUGGUCCAAAGGCCGGGGCCGCCACCUCCUCCUGGGAGCGGGUUCCAACAGCAUCCUGCAGAGAUGUUUCAUCCAUACGUACCACCUCAAAUGCAUGAAAGCGGCCACGUGGAGCGGCCAGUAGCUCCUUAUGGAUACGGGCAAACCAUGCCCCCUCCCGGUGGACCUACAUGUAUGCCUGUCAACCCCAUGGGACCGACCCCACUACCACCAGGACCAGCAGGCGUGUCAAUCGCACCCCCUACCAUGGCCCACCCCCAAGCCCCACCCAGCUACAGCCAGCCAUUGGGAGCCCCCGCCCCCACCCAGCCAGAGCUACCAUCGUACGACUACGUGAUGGCACAGAACACUGACCAAGAUCAGCUCAUCACUUGAGUAUAUCUUAUGGGGCAGGUCACACCAACGAAAGUGAUGCCAGUGCGAUCUAAAGGCGACCACACACCUUACGAUUGGUCUGCGAUCGAUUUCAGAAUGAAAUGUUGUAGAAUUUGAUGCCAAUAUUGAGACUUGGAAUAUUUUACUGUGUAAUGUUAAAAAUCAUCGUACGAAUACCUCUGUGACUAUGCUAUCAUCCUUCUUAGAAUAAAAACUAACUUAAUAUCUAGUCGUAAUGAUGUCAUAACAGUCGUACGACUGGCUACGAUUUGAAACUAAUUUGGCCUUUACUCCAAAAUAAAGGUUUGCAAUCUUUCAAAGUGAUUAUAUUAGUAUUCUUUCAAUUAAUUUUAACCUUGAAUAAUAUGAUAUGUUCCAUUCACAUUUUCAGAAAAUGAGCAAAGUGCGAUUUGUUCCAAAAUCGGAUCGCGAACAGUCGUAAGGUGUGCGGUGGCCUUAAGUUAGCGUGUUUUAAAUAGCAUACCAUCGAUUGGUCUGGAGUCAAUUUCAUUGGUAUGACUGUGACUCUAGUCCUGGCCUUACCCACUGAUAAGCAUGUUCACCCAUGCCAAGAUAAAUCACCUUUGAUGAUGUUUGUCUUAGAAAUGAGUCUCAAGUACACAUGAAAUUUGUAGCAAAUGCAACCAAGGAUUGCUCGCUUAUUUGAUUUGAUUUAUUUCCAAAAUACUGAAAAAAUGCACAUAAUGUAAGAUAUCACUUUUUGAAUGUAGGUAAAUCCAGCAUUAUGUUGAAUAAAGCUUGCAAGCACUGUAAAACAUCAGAUUACACAUUUGAUUUCAAUAAUACAAAAAUCUGAACCCCCCCCAAAACAAAAAUCAAGAGCUUUUAAUAUUUGAUGGGAAUGUAAUAUAAAGAAAAAUUAUCCAGGGAUAUAUCUUUCUACACAUUUUUUCAUCCAAUUGUGAUAAAGGUUUGGUGUUGAGACUAUACUUGUUUAAAAAGAAAAACUCAACACAACUAUUUUCACAUCAUUAGAAAUUCAAAAAAAAAAUACUUUAUUUAAAAAAAAAUUAGGUGAUUUUAUAGCAUAUGUGGAAGAAACUCGACAUGUGUUUCAGAACUGACUCUUUUUUUCUAUGACUGAAUUCUGAACUUUCCACAUUCUUUGUACAAAGAACAUCGUUUCAGAAGGCAACAUGCUCUUAAUGAUUUUCUUAUUUUCCUCUAAGCUACUUAUUUCAGUAAUAUUGAAUUAUAUGUAUAUAGAAUGGUGUAAAACAACCUCAUGCAUACAGGAAUGUAAAGGGACCACUGCCCCAUAGGAUUUCACAUGUGGGGCGAUGAUUUGUUGUUUCCUUUCUACUAAUUCGGUGGAUUCGCAAUACGGUGCGCCAUCCAUCGGUUGCAGCGGACGGGCCGAAAUUAGCAAUGCAUCAUGGGAAAAAGUCGACAUCUGUUGCGCAUGCUAGUACUGUAGUGAACGCCUGCAUGCGAUUGUUCAGCGCUGGCCGAUGCGUCUCGACUGGAUACGCUGUUUACUAGGGCCCAGGAGGUAGGAGAGAAAUUUGCCGCAUAUUUCUUUGCCAAAUUUAGACAAUUUUUCGUGAAAUCGUGCCAUGUGGUUUUCAUUUUUGAAGCACUUUGCGCUGCCUGUGCCUGCGUGAGAUGUCCACCCCAAAGUUAGAAAUUUGGCCUGUUCGCUGCAACCGAUAGAUGGCGCACCAUAUUGUGAGCAUUAUCACUAUCUGAAAUACUCUGCUCAUUGCCUAUCUUUUUUGUACUUAAAUGUAUCUUGUUGAUUCGUGAAUUCUCAAAUCUUGGUGGACAGCCAGUAAAUGGAAGUUUUGGUAAACAUGGAAAUGAUUACUUUGAGCUGUCAAAUUCCUUUAUUGAUAUGUAAUGAAAAUAUGGUAAACUGCAUCACAUUGAAAAUAUAGCAAGUGAAAGCUGAAACUCUUGGACUGGCAGGUUGGACUGAGUCCCAUAUAUUCAUAUUUGUGUGAAGUUUAUGUGACUUGGAAGAAUUCAGACAAUUUGUGUUAUAUCAUCUUGAUGAUUCCUAUGCUUGAGAGCAAAUGCCAGUUCUUAGGUGCAUUAUAAACAGCCUAGUCACAGUCACAUUGAUAAAUUUUCCUCUGUGGUUAAUUAGCGGUGAUCGUUUCACCUAUUAAAGUAAGCUUGAAUGCUUAUAGUGAUCAACCGGCUGAUGGCUUAACUCUCUGAGGGACCAAAAGUACAAGACACCUGACAUGGGUUUCAAACAUAGGUCGGGUGGAUUAGGAGACCACCGCUUCUCCAACUGAGCUGUCAAUUGGAAUUCAUAACUAGAAUUGACAAUGUAUCUUUCAUAUUUGGCCCAUGGGGUUUCAGUAAUGAUGUAUCAUACUUAUUUCAGACAAAUUUUGAUUCUUUUUCCUCAGCAUAUUGCUACCUUCAACUACAUUCCCUAAAUUUUCCUUUAGGAAUGGUUUUCUAUUUCUUUUUAUUGCCAUUACUCCAUUCAUUACUAAGCUUAUAUGCUAAAUGUAGGAACCAGGGCCCUGUCUUACAAAGAGUUGCGAUUGAUCCGAACAACCACAGCUAUGGAAAGCCAGCAAUGCCAACAUCAAAUUCAAAUUUAUUUAUUUCACUUCCAUCAAACAAAAAAAAUUGUAUACCAUAUAUAAACAUAAAUAUUUGUAUCCGUUGCAAAAAAAAAUUAAUAAUACAUAUGUUGUGAAAAAAACACUUAGACAAUUUGGGCAACACAUUGUAGGUUUUAAAUAUGUAUACUAUUUUUCAAUAGAAAUCAAAUUAAGAUGGAAAUGGAGGGACCCACUAAAAAGCAAUGCUUGUACAAUGUGGGCCCCUCAAAAAAUAGAUAACACAACAAAUAAUAAAGUACAAAUACAGAUAUAUGUAAUCAAAUACAUCUGUAAUACAUGUUUGUUCAAAAUAUUUUCUGGGUAAGCUGUAUAUUCAUACAUUCAUAAUUUUCUUGAAAAUUCACUGUGCUUCUCCUUGUGUACAAAGGACAUUGUGCAAACUAUCUGAAGAAAAAUUGUUGACGUUGAUGGACUUCCAUAUACUUCAAGUUGAUCAGACCAAUCGUAACUCUUUGUAAGAUUGAGGCCAGAAGGUUCCCUCAUUCAUUGUGUUGAUUUCAAGUUUGGUGUUGGUGUUUGACUUGUGUUGACAUAACUAAUGGUGUAGGUGUUGGUGUUUAAAAUGUAAAUGUGUUAUUAAAACUAGCUCCAACACUGAAUUUUGGACACAAUAGAAAUAACAGCUGGGGGGUGUUUCACAUAGAUUUAAGUAUGAAUUAGAGUCGUACUUUAAUGCCGACGCGUACAUGAUUUGCAACGCGUGAUCGUAUUGAUUAGUACGCAGUAGUGCGCGUCCUCUUGACAUGAUCUGACCAAUGAGGUCAUGCCUUUUAUACCACAUGCAACUAGGCAUUUAAGUGCGACUCUAAGUCAUACUUAAAUCUUUGUGAAACACCCCUCCCCUGCUCUGCUAGACCGAGGGUAAUUAUGCUGCAUUUAGUGUAGAGCACAAUUCUGAUGCAUGCAAGUGUCAAGCACUAUAAAAGUAAUUUGUAUAAUAAUUAUUAUCAGUCAGUCUCAUGAUUGAUUGUUCUACACCUUCGGGUGCAGUGUUGUAGCUGGUGCUAGCUUUCCCCCAACACCCUUCAUCAACUGCUUUCAACACCACACUUGAAAUCUGUUAUUUAGGUUAUAAAGUUAUCCUUGUAACAUACAACUCAUUUUCAUGCGUUUUCUUAAACAUGUAUGAUUAUUUAAUUUUCAAUUCUUUAAGUUUAACUUUGUGAAGGACUUCUCUGUCGUAUAUGUUUAAUGAGUACAUAUCAUAUGAUGUACAUGUAUUUUCUUUUAUUGGCUGCCUUAUACUUAAUAUAGCCAUUUACUUUUGCCAUCAUAAGUUGCAUAUAUGUUUAUCCUUAAAUUUGUAAUUGACAUAAAGCGGAUAUUAUUUGACUUCUUAGAUACUUACAAACAAGAGAGAAAAUAGGUGUAUUUGAAAGCCCUUGCCAUUUUUUUUUUUUUUUUGGCAGUUUGAUUUCUAAUUCGGGGAGCAUUUCAUGAAGAGUCUGAUUGUGAUUUCCAUUGACCUGAUUUUCUCUUGACCAAUCAGAUGCCAGGAUUUGCAGCAGCUUAUAACAUCUGUCUGUAAAAAUCAUUUACAAAACUCUUCAUGAAAGGCUCCCCAGAUUGAUAAUAGAUGGCCAUUGAUCAGCCUUGCAUGCAGAAGUACAUGUACUCGUAUAUGAAAUUGAAGCAUAUGUCUUCCAAUAAUCACCUAUGAUUUUACGAGUUUUGAAUAGAUAUUGAGUGUAGAAAUUUGUUUCUUGCUUCAGUUUACAUUUG